CUCCAAUGAAGACAAGAGUUUAUCUUCAAACCAAAACCUUACAAUGUUAAUGCUUUGAGCUGACCUGGAUUCUCCGCAUUUCCUGAUCAGACAGAAUCGCUGCUCAUUUUUCACCAUUUGAGCCAACCUGCAGAUUUCAACUUGAUAUCCAAAAAUAUCUCAUCCCCGCUUCCACUGCAGUAUGACUUGGCCUUACCAUCUGGUCGAUCUCACUGCCGAGCAAAGACAUGAGCGCCGGUUGCUCCUAGAUCGAUACGGAGUAUACGCUCAGCUCUCCGCUUUGAUACCCAUCCUAGCCUAUCAAUUGUACCGGCUAGGAGCAUGGGUAUACUCUGAGAGGCAGAGACCCAGAGUCAAGUACACAGAGGUUCCAAGUUCCCCGGUGGCCAAGAAACGUAGACAUACCACCUCGGCGACUAUCGUGAGAAAGUGGAGAACCACAUUGUGGUGGCUGCAGGGCGAGGUUGCGCCUGGAUGGGGAUUAAGGGGUCACUGGAUUGCGGCAGGGUGUUGGACGACUUGGUUGUUGUUCCUUUGCAUUCAUAAGACUGGGGAUGACUAUCUACAUAUAACCAAACGCUUUGGUCAUAUUGCAGCUUCACAGUUCCCCCUCCACUAUGCGCUGUCCAUGAAAUCGCUCUACUCGCCUCUUGCUUUCGUGUUCCAGUCGUCACAUGAGCAGCUUAACCCCUGGCAUCGACUUUCUGGAAGAAUCAUUUACUUUCUUCUACUCAAUCAUGCUAUCUGGUACAUCAACUUUUUUGUCCAAGCUGGCAUUCUCUACAAGCGUCUCACUGCCUUAGUUGUCAUCAUUGGGAUCGUGGCCUUUUUGAUGAUCACAAUCCUUGCUACGACGAGUCUUGAAACCAUAAGACGUUGGAGCUAUCGAGUGUUCUUUGUGUUCCAUGUCAUAAUCGGCGUCUCGGUCCUGCCACUCCUCUUCUUUCAUGCUUCAGAACUACGCCUCUACACGGUCGAAGCCCUUGCCUUGUUUGUCUUCGAUAUUGUUUGCCGGAAGCUUGAUACUGUGACCGGCUUUGCUACAAUUGCUAAAAUCCCUCACACUAAGCUUCUCAGCUUGAAGGUUCCAGUUCCAGCGUCAAAGCUUCCAAGAUUCAAAGCUGCUCCGGGUCAACAUGUCUAUCUGUCGAUUCCACCAGAAAGUGUCCCACCGAACAAGUCACCUCUAUCUAUCCAUAACCUUCUCUUCAACCCCUUUACGAUCGCCGACGUCUCAUCAACAGAUGUCACCCUCAUCUUACGCUCACUCCACGGCCCUACAACCUUGGCUCUCGAUACACUCUCUGGACUCUCCAAAGCUAGACCUCCAAUCAAUAUCGAAGGCCCCUACGGAACCACACGCAAAUUCCCCAACUUGGUCGAAAAAUACGACAGGAUUCUCCUAGUCGCGGGUGGAGUAGGUGCUACUUUUGUCUUGCCUAUCUACCGCGACCUACGGGACCAGAUAGAAAGUGACUCUAAGAGUCCGGAUCGACUGACAUUCAUCUGGUCUAUGCGUUCAGCUGCCGAAGCUUUCUGGGCCGUUGAAACCACUGGGAAUGGUUCGUUGAAAGAUGAUGAGCAUGUUAAGAUUUACUUAACAAGGAGUAGCGCAGACGAUAGGCGACAUGACGAACCGGCUGAUGGAAGCGUGGAGUUGGAUGAUUUGCAAGCAGUUAAAGAGCCUUUAAAACCUAGUGGCGGGAAAGAAAGGCCGAACCUGAAGAAGAUUGUGGAUGAUGUUUUCAGGGCAGGCAACCAAGAACGGGUUGCUGUUUUGGUUUGCGGGCCGACAGAAAUGGCCAGGGAGCUGAGGAAACAUGUCGGUAGUUGGGUGAUGAAAGGUCGGGAGGUUUGGUGGCACGACGAGAGUUUUGGGUGGUAGGUACUAGUUGUGAGUACAGAACUAAAUGAUACAAUAUUUCUAAACUGGGACUGCAAAGCCUACUAGGUUGGUGGUUUGAACUUUUAACGGCUAUGCCGAUGAUAUCUCGUAAGUCUCGAAAAUAGAAAAGUUCGGAACAGAGGUAUUCCCCAUCUCGAACUGUCGAAGGAGGAGCUUUCCCUUUUCAUCUUCUUCU